AACCCAAUUGAUUCACAUUAACAUCGCCAUCCGCUCCCCUCUUUACUUAUUCCCUCCCUUUUCUCUCACUUUGAUUAUUUUUUUUUAUUUUGUUUUAUACUCACUUGCCUCAAUCCUAUCACCGCCUUAUUAUGCCUCCUCACCGGCGGCGCCACCGUCACCACCACCAUCACAACCGUUUUCGUUUUGUUAUUCCGGCUAUCUCUGUACUCUCUGGCAUCAUACUCCUCCUCUUCGCUUUUAUUUCUUUUCUAGCUCCUCCUGCCACUGAUCACCGCCAGUUGCGGAAUGGUGCUAGUUAUGGUGAGAAAUUGCAAAGGUUUCGCACUCCGAACAAUGGCCAGUUAAGUGAUCGUGAUAUCUGGAACUCAAAGAUGUCCAAAUUCUAUUACGGAUGCAGUAAUGCCAGCAGUAACUUUGCAAAAGCUAAAGAAGUUACACAUGCUAAUCGGUACUUGUUGAUUGCGACCAGUGGUGGCUUAAACCAACAAAGAACGGGGAUUACAGAUGCUGUUGUUGCUGCUCGCAUAUUGAAUGCUACUCUUGUCGUUCCAAAGCUGGAUGAAAAUUCAUUUUGGAAGGAUUCUAGUAACUUCUCGCAGAUAUUUGAUGUUGACUGGUUCAUAUCUCAUCUAGCUAAUGAUGUCCAAAUCAUAAAAGAACUACCACUAAAGGGUGGGAAGACAUGGAUUCCGUACACUAUGCGUGUUCCAAGAAAGUGUAGCGACAAAUGCUAUGUGAAUCGUGUUCUACCUAAUCUUCUAAAGAAGCACGCUGUUCGACUUACCAAGUAUGACUACAGACUCUCAAAUAGGUUGGAGUCAGAUUUACAGAAGCUCAGAUGUAGAGUGAAUUACCAUGCCUUAAAGUUCACGGACCCUAUUAAUGAAAUGGGUGAAAAGUUGGUAUUCCAUAUGAGGUCUAUGGGCAAGCAGUAUAUUGCGCUGCACCUGAGGUUUGAACCUGAUAUGCUUGCAUUCUCAGGAUGCUACUAUGGCGGAGGAGAAAGGGAGAGAAAUGAACUGGGUAAAUUACGAAGAAGGUGGAAAACAUUGCAUAAUAGCAACCCAGAAAAAGUAAGAAGGCAAGGGAGAUGCCCACUUACUCCUGAAGAAGUAGGUCUGAUGUUAAGAGCACUGGGCUAUGGUAAAGAUGUCCACAUAUAUGUGGCUUCAGGUGAAGUAUAUCGAGGAGAAGAAACAUUGGCUCCCUUAAAGGCACUUUUUCCAAAUUUUUAUUCAAAAGAGACAAUAGCCAGCAAGAAAGAGAUGGAACCAUUUACUGGAUUUUCCUCUCGCAUGGCUGCACUGGAUUACAUUGUAUGUGAUAGCAGCAAUGUAUUUGUUACCAACAAUAAUGGUAAUAUGGCAAAAAUUUUAGCUGGAAGGAGGCGAUAUUUCGGGCAUAAACGUACUAUUCGUCCAAAUGGAAAAAAACUCUACAGGUUGUUUUUGAACCGUGAGAACAUGACUUGGGAUGAAUUUGCCUCUGGAAUUCGUAAGCAUCAGAAGGGAUUUAUGGGCGAACCUAAGGAAGUGAGGCCAGGCAGGGGUGAGUUUCAUGAAAACCCUUCUGCCUGCAUAUGUGAAGAUUCAAAGGCCAAAGCAGUGGCGGAGUCAAAUCUGCGAAAAUUUGGCAUGGGAAAGAGCACAACAAAGGCAGAUGUGAGUGCCACGGUUGAUGGCCAAAGUAAUGACAAUGAGCCAGAACUUUCUGAGGAGGAGGAGGAGGAAGAUGACAUGAGUAGCUCCCAAGAUAUGAAUAGCUCCCAAGAUAAUACUGAGUUCAAUGGAACAAGUACUGAUUCUGAUGCUUCCACAUCCGAAGAACCUGAGUUGGAAGAGUUGCUUUCAGAUUGAUCACUGCAACCUUUUCUCUAAGAAUUCAAGGACUCUUAAGGUAACGAUUUAGAGUAAUUUUUUUGGGAUGAUUGUUUUGUGCUGCUGGAUGAGUCUGUGAACAUGUCAAAGUUGUUGAGGAUUAAGGAAUUCAAGAAUUGAAUUUCUUGGCGAGAGUACAAUGUGAUCUGGGAAGCUAUUCCUUCCUAUUUCUCAGCAUGAAAAUUUUGGUUCAUUCCCAGACAUUUGUCUAUGCUUGGAGUUUGAGGUGCCUUUGUAGCAGAAUUGUACAGAAGUUUGUAGGAGAAAUUCACAGAAACAUGAUAGAAGAUCAGGUAAAUUAGUGAGUCCUUGAUAAAAAUUGGGAGUUGGUUUUCUGAGGCUCCAGACAGUGAGAAGUAAGCUGGUAACUAAAUUGCUAGUGGUUGGUUUCAAAUAUUUUUUCUCGGUCCUCUCUCUGUUGGUUGGAUAAUGGAAUCCUCAUGUGGCUGUCUUGCAAAGUUGGUGACAAAUAUCAUGCAACUCUUGAUAACAUCAAUCUGAUACAACUAUACAUUUUUGUCUAGCUGAAAUCAAAUUAAAUAGUUUCUUGUUUUAUUUUCCCUUUUUAUAUGAUUUUUUUUACAAGUUCAAUGUUCAUGAAUGCAAGUUGAAACA